UGUCACCAACAUCGGGGUUGAUCAUAUCGCCGAUUGCGCAUCUGGUACAAGAGAAUAUAUCCAUUUCGCAAUACCGGUCUUUCCUGUUUCCCGCUGCUACCUAUUCUUUGUAAUUGGCCUUUUUCACAAGUUCGUCAGUCAAUUCAACAUCGAUGAAUUCCUGGCACAGCCGCCCACCGUUGAGCGACCAUGCAUACCAACCCGAGGUAGCAGGUCCGACGCAAUCGUCAUCGAGUAUGCCUGACAUAGGCGAAGACUCGGAGUGGGAUACGGCCCUAGUCGUGACGGAUGAGUGGAUGAAAGUCGCGUCGGAGAGACGACACAGCGGAUGGGAAUCCGUGGAACGAAAAUGGGUUGAGAACCAGGCCCUCCAGCAAAGAGGUCCAAAGCCACCAAGUGAAAUCACGAAGGAAGCAAGUGAAGCGAUGGCGCGAUUCCCUUAUCCUCAUAUGUCCAUCCCAACCCCGCAACUGGACUUCGAUUUCCGGAUGAGGGUCAUUUUAAAUCCCCAAUCAGCUUCUGUCGCCGUGAGCGACGGCUUCAAGAAGUGGUCAACAUUUUCCGACGGUACCUUUGCGGGUCGAUUUGGAUACGGAUCCGUUAUCAAUGGCGGACAAGAAAGCCAAGACGUUGCUUACGGGAAUUCGGCAGCAACUCAAGUGGAGGCUACUCAUCGACUACAGACUGCGGAUGAAGUACCAGCAUAUAUUGAAUGUAAAACGCGGGGAAAUAUGACCGGGUCCCCCGAGUUGGUGAAGGCGCUCCAAGAUGCCGAGACGUCGCGAGAGGCGAACCCAAGAUUGUGUCCAUUUAGGGUGUUUAUCACGAUGAAGACAUCGGACGAGAGGUAUGCUGCGAAAUUGAAUACCGGCUUGUGGAUCGGAAGCUGCCUUUGGAAAGGUUUAGAGGUUGUAUAUGAUGCAUAUAGAAUAAGCUGAAAAGCCGUAUGUGUUUAAUACGGGAAGAUGAAGUAUUAUGAGGACUAAAAAAAGGAUAACUCUAUGGUUAGUUCGUUUGUAUGGGGUUUAGGGUUUGGAGUUUGGAGUUUUCGCGUAGUGUAGGAAUCAACUAUUCCCGGAAAUUCUAGAACGACACUUCCAAAUUGCGUGGAGUGAAGGCCCAAUAUUAUCUAUCAACCAAUCCAAAGCCGGUUGACAGCCAGAAAUGGCAACCGGAGAUCGACUCAAUGAAACUAUGCGAUGUACGCACAGAGAAGUCAAGGGUUCGGAAGGUUUAACACGCUACUGCAUAGCAGGCUGUCAGGCUGUGAUGCUUUACGCAAUGCGAUCGAGAUAAGACUCCUGCACGAUGAGGUAAACACCCGUGUGCCAAGUUCCAAGAUUAUUUCGAUGCCACCGGGCUGGAACCUCUAGGCCAGACUGCCAAACUGACAAACAACUGCCGGUUUAUAGCUCAAAUGGCGCACCGUCGGGCUGGGUAAGGUGUCUUGUCUAUGCCGUAUUCGGUAGAUCCCCUUAGGUAUGGACGAGGAUAAUAUCAAGUUUCCCAAGUUGAUGUGACUUUGUGAUAGGAGAGAAAAUAGAAUUGGACGAAAUGAUGGCACUUGAGUAACGUCAAAAUCCCCGCUAUGUCCACUAUCCUUGUCCAUAGUCCCUGCCUUAGCCAGCCCUAGCUUAGCUAAUGGAGGGCCAUGAUGGUCCCUGCAUUUUAAACUUCA